AUGAAGGCUUACAAUCGUAGUCUUACCCCUGACGGUCUCCUUCCUAACGGCAGUCCAUUCAUUAGCUUCAAAGAUCAGCUUGCUUCAAUCCAAGAAGCAAGCUCAAAUCUGUCGCCUUUGACCCCAAUACGUGCUUCAAUUCCACCUCUUGCAAGCAUGUCUACCAAGAAGCCAACACAUUUGAUGGCGGUAUUAAACCUAACUCCAGACUCAUUCUCUGAUGGAGGUCUUCAUUCAAGUAGUAAGCCGGAGAUCUAUGUCAAUAAAAUGAAGCAGCAAGCCCAACAAAAUCGUGCGCCAACACUAGUCGACAUAGGAGGCCAAUCAACUAGGCCCUAUGCAAAGCCAGUCUCGCCUGAAGAGGAGCUCUCCCGAAUUAUUCCAUCAAUACAAGCGAUCCGCGCUGAGUCAUCCUUGGAUAAAAUUGCAAUCUCAGUCGACACCUAUCGAGCUUCCGUUGCGCGAGCUGCAAUUGCAGCAGGCGCCGACAUCAUCAAUGACGUGUCCGCAGGGCAAUUAGACAAGGAAAUGCUUCGCACUAUAGCCGAACUAGGCUGUACGUGCAUUCUGAUGCAUAUGCGUGGAACUCCUGAGACAAUGAAUAGCCUUACAAAAUACCCAGACGGAGUAAUUCAAGGCGUAGGCAGCGAGCUCUUGGAACGCGUCCGCGCAGCAGAACAGGCGGGAAUCCGCCGGUGGCGGAUCAUCCUGGACCCUGGCAUCGGCUUCGCGAAGAAUCAAGCGCAGAAUUUGGAGAUUUUGCAAAAGUUGAACGAGCUGAGAAAUUUUGAGGGCUUGCAGGGCUUUCCUUGGGUUGUCGGCGCUUCGAGGAAAAAGUUCAUCGGCAAGAUUACCGGUGUAGAAGAGCCUAGAGAGAGAGUAUGGGGUACGGCAGCUUGUGUGGUGUCUGCUGUGCAAGGCGGUGCGGAUAUUGUAAGAGUGCAUGAUGUGGAAGAGAUGGGCCAGGCUGUCAAGAUGGCUGAUGCGAUAUGGAGGGCUUGA